UUUUUUUUUGUUCAUUCACCAUGGAAAACUCCAUUUUAGAAUUCAACAGUCCAGCAGAAAUUAAACAAGCUGCUGUCACCGUGCGGCAGACAUUCAACAGUGGAUGUACUCUGCCUCUACCAUUUCGCCUUCAUCAACUGGAGCAACUAUGGAAAUUACUGGAUGAGAACGAAGAUCUUAUCUGUGAGGCCGUGUACAAGGAUGUCCGUAAAAGCAAGGCCGAGGUUACUUUGGGAGAAAUAUUACACACAAAAGAAGAAGUCAACAAGGCCUUAGUGAAUUUAGAAACCUGGGCAAAAGAUGAAAAAACAAAGCCUGUUUUGGUGAACAGGCUGGGAACAAAGUGUUUUAUGAGAAAACAACCAAAAGGCGCUGUUAUGAUAAUCUCGCCCUGGAAUUAUCCCGUGUACUUGCUUUUAGCACCCUUUGUGGGUGCCAUCGCUGCAGGUUGCACAGUCAUAAUGAAACCAUCCGAGUCUGCACCCAACUCUGCAAAGUUGCUAACAAAACUAGUCAGACAAUAUCUUGAUACCAGUUGUUAUAUCGUCAUCAAUGGGGCUGUUCCAGAAACAACACAGCUCUUAGAAUACAAAUGGGACCAUAUAUUCUUCACUGGCUCCAUCCAUGUCGGAAAGAUUAUUAUGAAGGCUGCUUCAAAACACCUCACACCCGUCACAUUAGAGCUUGGAGGCAAAUCGCCUGUCAUCAUCGACGAAAAUGCCGACAUUAAUAUCGCGGCUAAACGAAUUAUAUAUGGCAAGUUACUUGCUGCUGGUCAGACAUGUAUUGCGCCAGAUUAUGUCUUAAUCACCUCCAAAGCCGAGGCAAAAUUUGUGGAGGCAACCAAGGAAGCACUGAUUUCGCUCCUCGGUGAGAACCCAAAAGAGUCUAGUGAGUUCGCUCGAAUCGUCAACGAAGACCAUUUCAAACGACUAAUCAGGCUUUUAGAAGAAGAUAUGACCGGUGAGAUUGUGAUCGGAGGUCAAGUGAGUGAAGAUGAUCUCUACAUCGCUCCCACAGUAAUCAAGAACGUAGGCCGUAAUGACGGCUUAAUGAUGGAAGAGAUCUUUGGUCCUAUACUGCCUAUGAUCCGUGUUAGCGAUACGGAUGAAGCGAUUGAAUAUAUCAACGCUCACGAUGAGCCGUUGACCCUCUACCUCUUUUCUGAUAAUAAGAAGUUGAUCAACAAAGUGUUAAACUCGACUCGUUCUGGAGGCGUCCUUGUGAACAAUAUUAUGACGCAAAUCAUUGAGACGGAUCUGCCUUUUGGUGGAUUAGGCCCUUCUGGCAUGGGUUCCUAUCAUGGGAGAGAAUCCUUCAACACUUUCACGCAUACACGAUCCGUUAUGGUCAAGAGUCUGUGCCCAGUCUCUGAGAUAUUUUCGAGGGGACGCUAUCCUCCUUUUUCGGAUAGUAAGAUUGCAGUUAUGAGGGCCAUUGUCGAGAGUGUGCCCCCUUUUAAACAAGGCUUUAUCAGAAAGUAUUUCAAGUGGAUUGUAGCUGCCGCGUUGUUUGGGAUUAUAGUCCGCAGACCCUCAUAUGUGCUUCAAUGCUCUAAAUGUGUUUUAUAGGCCAACAUAAAGUGAAGAAAUAAAGAGAGAGCCAACUAGAAUAAAACUAGA